UUCCUCGAGCGCAUCCUCUCGCCUCGGACCGCGUACUCGUGUCAGUGUCGCCGCGACGCCAGCCACAGUCAGUCAGACAGUCGGAUAGACUCGCUCGACUGUCCAUCGCAACGAGAAUCAGCCCGAGAAAUCGCGAUCCACUGUCUCGCCCAUGACACCGCCUCUGGGAGCUACCUUGGAGACCUGGAUUGACCCCUCGCGACUAGGCCCAACCCUCCUUGACUUGGUCUGACGCUUUUGUAGACCUGGACUGACCCUACGGACUCACCAGGACCUCUCAGAGUGUCGGUUUACGUCGAAUCUGGUGCACUAUUGCCAGGGAUCAACCUGGCAAGCUGGAAGAACGGUCUAUCAGGGUGUCAGAGGGUGCCCAGUGAAGGAGCAGGAAUCUUGGAAGCUUCCAUUCGGGACCUUUCGUAUAGACUCUUUUAAUCUUCCGGUUUUAACGAUCAGUGAAGCUAGUUUGGAGGGUUAGGUGGCCGGAAGUGCGACUGCGAGUCGGCGUGAUCAGUGACGCAGUGGAACCGGGGGUGGAACAGGUGUUCAGCUGGACACGGUGGUGGUUCCAGGGAUUGGAUAACCUAGCCUGACGCGGUUAGAGCCGCGGCUGAGGACAGGACGAUAGUGAGGUGCGCGUUUUCGGAUCGUUUCAACGUUUCGACCCGGGGUGAUCGCGGUCGGAGAUGGAAGCAGCGUGGAAGGAAGAGGAGGAGGAUUUAUAACUCGGCUCGCCUGAAAUAACAGGAGGAAUGCGCGCGCGGUGAAUCAGCUUCCUCCGCGAGAGUGCGAAUUUCCUGACAGCGGCCACGCGAUCCUGGAUCCACCGCGGCAGGAUCUCUCGAUCCGGGCACACACGCACGCGCGCGCGCGCGCACCUUGAGAAAAGCCAGAAACGCCAGAAGCUCCCACCGGGAACGGAGAAGAGGCCCUCCAUCGCGGGCUCCAUCGGGAACGGUUUUUCUUGGAAAGGAGUCGCGACUGAAAGUCACCCAUGUCGCGCCACUAGUUGUCCGAGCCUGUUGUCGAAGAAGUCGGGAUGGAGAUCGUGAAAUGUCUCAUCGUUGGAAUACUCCUGAUGCUGGAGAUCGAUCGAAGUGCCCAAGGACAGCUGGUUCGACUAGAUGUAAAUCACCCCGAGGUGGUGGUGGUGUCAGUCGGUGAGAAACUGAUCCUUCGAUGUUCGACUUCGAACGCGGAGACGACCUGGUACAAGGGAGACGAGAUCUUCCGACCAUCGACGCCGAGGAUACGGUUAAUAAAGCAGUCGUUGAGGUUCAAGUACAUCGAUCCUGAGGACGCUGACUCGUACGGUUGCCUGGUGGAAUCCAACACGACCCUCGAAUGGAGGAACGUGACGAUACGAAUCGUGCCGUUGCAGAACGACGGAUAUCCGCACGAAUCCGAGAGGCUUGGCAGCACUCUGGGUGCCCACAGGACGGAGGAAGAAACGAACGAACUAGAAAUCGAAACGAGAAACCUGCCAGAAACGCGGUCGUUGCAUCUUGACAGCGAGAACGUAGAAAUCGACCUGGACAACGAGAAAGGCGAGAAUGAAACAGCUGGAGAACACAACAACACGGCUCCAGAACGAGCACCGUCCUUCAACAAGAGCGUAGAGAUGCCUAACGUGGUCGUGAAACCAGCUGGCAACAUGUUACGCUUACGGUGUCCAAGCUUUGGCAACCCGAGACCUAACAUCACGUGGUACAAGAACAACGGGGAGACAAAAAGAACACUGGGCAUAGUGGUCAAGUCCAAGUGGACCUUCAGACUGGAGGACCUGGUGCCUGAGGACAGCGGGAACUACACGUGCGUGGUGUGCAAUUAUCUGGGAUGCAUCAAUCGCACGUCCAAAGUUGAAAUUGUCGAGAGCGUGAAACACCGGCCGAUACUGACCAGGCCUCCGAGAAACACGACGGUUCUGAUAGGAGGCAACGUCACUAUGACCUGCGAGGUUCUGUCGGACGCGCACCGCCAUCUUGAAUGGUAUCACGGUUAUCACAUCUCUUUCGACACUGUCAACAAAACCAAUCAAAGUUUCCGGGUGGAGGUCAAGGCCGAAGGUGCAAAAGACCCUGAGGUGCUCACGCUGUACAACGUGACAGAGAAGGACGAGGGGUGGUACACCUGCAUAGCCCAGAACGCUUUAGGGGAGACUUUCAGCAGCGCUUAUCUUCGAAUAGUAGAAUCCUUGGAAGACCAUGGAAUACCACUGACAGCGAAACCACAAAUUCUCGUCAACGUCCUGGCCGCGGUUCUGUUCAUCUUUUUCGCUGUGGGCGUGGUAGUCGUUAUAUACAUCUUCCAUCGACUAAAACGCGAGAAGAUGAAGAAGCUGUUGGCCAUAGAAACGGCACGUGCAGCAGUGGUGACCCAAUGGACGAAAAAAGUGAUCGUGGAGAAGCAGAAUUUGGUGAACGCGCAGAACGUACAGGAACCCUUGCUGAUGCCCGUAGUGAAGAUCGAGAAGCAAAAAUCGACGGUCGCCGCGGAGGACAGUAAUGGUGGAAGCAUAUCGGAGUACGAGCUUCCGGUGGAUAGUGCCUGGGAAUUGCCUAGGGAACAUUUGACCUUGGGGAACACUUUGGGUGAAGGUGCCUUUGGAAAGGUGGUCAGGGCGCAGACGAACACUGGGAAGCCAGGAAUACCCUGUGUAGUGGCUGUAAAGAUGUUGAAAGAGGGUCACACCGACGCAGAGAUGAUGGAUCUGGUGUCCGAGAUGGAAAUGAUGAAGAUGAUAGGCAAGCAUGUGAACAUAAUCAACCUGUUAGGAGCCUGUACACAAGGAGGACCACUAUACGUGGUCGUAGAAUUUGCCCCACAUGGAAACCUCCGUGACUUCCUACGAGACCACAGACCUUCUUCUGGAUAUGAACCAACAAUUGGUCAGGAACCAAAAGAGAAGAAGACUUUGACGCAGAAGGAUCUGGUGUCUUUUGCCUAUCAAGUAGCCAGGGGUAUGGAGUAUUUGGCGAGCAGGAGGUGCAUUCACAGGGAUCUGGCUGCCAGGAAUGUGCUGGUUAGCGAUGAAUACGUGUUGAAGAUCGCUGACUUUGGUCUAGCUAGGGACAUUCAUUGCCAUGACUACUAUAGGAAAACCACUGAUGGAAGGCUUCCGGUUAAAUGGAUGGCACCUGAGGCUCUGUUUCAUCGGGUUUACACCACUCAGUCCGACGUAUGGUCGUACGGGAUUCUGUUGUGGGAGAUCAUGACGCUGGGUGGUACCCCUUAUCCGUCCGUACCAUCCGUAGAAAAACUGUUCCAGUUACUGAGGACAGGCCAUCGAAUGGAAAAGCCACCGUGUUGUUCUAUCGAAAUAUACAUGUUGAUGAGAGACUGCUGGAGUUAUCAGCCCAACGAACGACCAAUGUUUGGAGAACUGGUCGAGGAUCUCGAUAGGAUAUUAACGAUAACUGCGAACGAAGAAUACUUGGACCUUGGCCUUCCGCAGCUAGACACGCCGCCGUCCAGUCAAGAGUCCAGCGAAGCCGACGACGACGAGGGUGAAGAAAAGUUCCCCUACCUGCUAUGAAAUCUCCACGAACGAUCGGUUUUCACCGAAGAAUGUGUUACGAUUCUGAUAAAAAGCAAAAAAAAAUGAAAAAUAAAAAGGGAAAACAAUGACCCAGAAGGAAGAACGAACGAAGACGAAGAGGACUGAGAGAAGGAGAAGA